CGUAACUUUAAAAUUUAUACUUCAAAAUCAUUGUUAGUGCUUUAAAAGUAAAUAAUAGAGCAUUAACUCCCAGAAGGGUUCCUCAUUGAAGAUUGGAAAUAACAGCUGUAAAGGGACGUAUUAUAAGAUACAUCCUAUUAUUUACUUGAAUCCAGUGUAAUGGUGGAUCCAACCAAUAAAUCUCACGUGACGAGACCCAAUAAAUGACAAGAGAAACAAGUAACUGAUGUUGAUGUAAACUCUGUUGUGUUUCAAGUUAAUGGGCUGAAGAGUAGAGGAUUAUUACUAUUGAACAGACUCUGGUUUUCUAGACAUGUUAGUCGUGAAUAUCAAUCUACCCAAUGACAUUUAGAAUCCUUUUAGUUGCGUAUUGAAAACGGUGACCAUCGCAAGUAGCUGAUAGCCUUAGGGAGUUCUCAGUUCUAUAGAAGGCAAUUGUUAGCAAGCCUUCAUAAUUAGUUCCUUGUCACGGAAGACGGUUAUGAGCACGGACUGUUCUUUUUACAACCCACUGGAUACCAAACUUUAUAUGGUGUCAAAUGUUAGUUUAGAAUACCGACUUGACACUGGUUGCCAAGGCGACGUUAUCAUGUGAUUAAGAGACAAUUCCUAAUAACCUUAUUUGUGACGCCAAUUCAAUUACUGAACAACAGUCAAAAUGUGCACUUGGAACACAUCGACGCCGUUACAAAGCUUCGGAGAAUGCUAUUGGUCUAUACAUGGCUACUAUAGUCUCAUCGUGUGUUUGUUUGGUGUCAUUACAAACUUAAUUAACAUAGCUGUCCUGACGAAAAAGUCAAUGAGGACGCCAAUUAACUGUAUUCUGACUGGCAUAGCUAUUGCUGAUCUAAUUACUAUGUUGUCCUACAUUCCAUUUGCUAUUCAUUUUUAUCUGGUACAUGGACUAGAAGCAACUCCAGCCAAAUAUUCUUAUGGUUGGACAAUUUUCAUGGCAGUUCACGUUAAUUUGACAUUGACAACUCAUACUGUGUCCAUUUGGCUUGGGGUCAUUAUGGCAAUAAUGAGAUACGUGUUCGUUCGAGCAGCAACUCCAAAUAGCAAGAAAAACAUGGAAAAUAGUUCUACCAUUAUAAUUAUUGUUUUUGCAUAUAUAGGCUCGGCCGUUUUGAUUAUUCCCAACUGCAUUGUGACAGGAAUACACGAAGCAUUUUCAGAUAAAUAUAAUGCGUCUACCUUUCGAUUGGAUUCCCUUAGUUUAUCUCAGAACGAAACCAACACGAUGGCACUAUUAAAUUUCUGGGUCUAUCCGGUAUUCGGUAAAAUUAUUCCAUGCGUACUAAUCUCUAUAUUUGGUGGUUUCUUGUUGCACACGCUUCGAGAAAGUGACAGACGUGGAAGUCGUUUAAAGGGAGAGAACCACAAGAGUCACUCGCAUCGAAGAACCACGUUGAUGUUGCUGGCUGUCAUUGUAAUGUAUAUCAUAUCGGAAGUACCACAAAGUAUUCUCGUGGUCCUUUGCGCUUGUGUUGACGGAUUUUUUGUGGAUGUUUACCUUCCAUUAAGUGACUUGAUAGAUGCUGUGGCUUUGAUUAACAGUGCCGUCAACUUCGUCAUGUAUUGUACCAUGAGUCAACAAUUUCGGGACAGUCUAAUGGAAUCGUUGAUGCUGGUGAUUCGAGUUGUGGGGGAAAAAUCGAAAGUACCUUGGAGUGAAAAUGGCAUAACAACCCCGACGUUCGUUUGAAAGAAAAAGAAAACAACAGCAACUUUUAUUUGGUGGAGAUGCAUUUGCUGGAACCCAACUCUGGUACCACAGGGUAAGAUUCAAGACUAGCGAGAGACCGGAUGUCUAAAUUAUUUGUCUGGGAUAGUGGUGAUCAAACAAACUUUAAGAUGUAAACGUUUUCCUUCGGUGAUUUAAACCAAUCGGGUGAUGCAUGGUGGUCAUUAUUAUCUGGUAUUUCGAGUACAUUAGGUUAAAAACGUUUCCAUUGGAUGAUUUGAACGGUUCGAAAGAUGGAAGAUUUUAUGGUAUUUCGAGAACAUUAGUAUAUAAACGUUUUGAUGGAUGAUCUGAUCUCAGGUGAAAGAUGGUAGUCUAUUUCGUGCAACUCGGGUUGGUAGGCUACCUGCAAAAUGACAUUUAAAGAACCUCGUGUACCUGCCAAAGAGUGUGUAUAUAUAUAAACCCCGACAAGCGCCAUGUAUCUGCAAAUUGUGAUUAGGUUACAGAUACGAAUGUACUUAAACAUUGGACUUUUUAACAAAAAAGAACAACCGGACUAAAAAUGAAUGGAACAAAGGACUCUGUGGCAGAUCACAGGAUGUAUUUUCUUAACAUUUUCUACUGCUGAUUUUUUAAAAUGUCUCAGUGGAAAUCAUGAAGUUUACUACACGAGAAUGAUAUGGAGAAGAUUCGUGCACCAAAUUGCAAUGCCUCCUUUUGGCGGUAACUAAUUUUUAUAGCUGUAAAAAAGACCCUUUAAUAACUUGACCCAUUUAGUGACUGAUAUAUAUUUGGUAUGUCGGUAGUCAUCUGUUCCGGUGGCCAUCGGGAUUAAUUCUCGACAGAAAAUUAAACGGUAUACUAUCUACAGAAAUGUUUCAAAAUAAUACAGUGGUGUUUAGCUGUUCAGUAUUCACGUCUAUAAACGCCGGGAAUCUCAGUAGCCAUUUUUAUUCAAUACACAAAUUGAACGAUUUAAGCUGAAAUGUAUUUAAAGGGUGUGUUUUUCGUACCUGCAUGGCAACGCAUACUUUGUGUUUUCUAAUUACUAACUUUUUUAAUAUCAAAUUAAUCUUUGUUCUUUAGACCAUAUAGCCAUAACAUUAAUACAGCGCCUUUAUAAACUAGUAGAAUUUAAAUGAUUGCUACAGGUUACCUCCUCCCCCUAUUAUGGACUUUCCACAUUACUCUUUGAUGUAUAUAACCACAGGUAGAUAUAUAUAAUUUUGGUGUAUAUAAUAAAUAAUACUGCUUUAAUGCGCAAAUUAUACCAUCAUGUUGUACAUUGAAAAGAUUUUAUAAUAGUUGCAAUUUGUACAUUAAAGAGUAAUUAUUGUUACUAGGAACGGUUUAACUCAAAAAUUGAGAUGAAUGUAAUAGAUAUUAUCCAAUUGAUUGAAAAAUCUAAAAUCAGAGUGUGAUAUUUCACUCCAUCGGCACAUCACUUCGAUGGAUCAGUAUAAAGCAAUGUGGGGCACUGGCCUUAGUUUUCAGUGAUAGCGCCAUCAGUGGGACAUGACGUGAAAUCAGCAGGAUUUUCUCAGCCACUUUUUUAUUCGUCAGGUCCCCAGAAUUUAAACGGUUUAACUUCAUAGAGGCAUCAGUUCUUUUGGGCAUCGUGAUCUUGCAAUGUCGUAUUACUCUGAUUAGACUCCGUGUUGCUUAUUAACCCUUUCAGGCCCUAUGAGACUCAUGUCCCAUCAUAUAGUGAAUAAAAUGUUGCAAUGUAUAUGUGCAUUAUGGCCAGUAUUACAUAUAGGUCAGUUUUAGAUCGGUCUAUGGUCGGGUUGAAGAAGUGCAGUCUUAGUGCAAAGAAAUUUGUAGAGUGUCAUUUCAUUGUCAAACACAAAAUUACGUGUUUUGUAAGAAAAUCUUUGUGCAUGUUUGAAGACACAUGGAAAGUUCAAAGUAUGUUAAAUGAUUGUGAUUUUUUUUUUCAUGAAACUUUAUCCUAUUCUAAACCCUUUCAUAAAGUUUAUAUAAAAAUUGGGUAAUAUUUUGGAAUUACUGUUAUAAUUUCUUUCGGUGGGACUUACUAGUCCCGUCAGGCAGAUUGUACACCUUUUUGGGACCGGGGAAUCUUAAGUACCAAUGCGUUUUUUCCCGAUUUAUGUGACUUUUCCAUUGUGAAUUGGUUGGGGUUUUUUCUAAACUUAUUCUUUGUAUAGAUGACACAGAGAGGUUUUAUUUUACAAAAGGUCUGUGAAAUGAUAUGUUUUCAGAAAAUCGUGGUCGAUGCAAGGUUUCUUCUAAGACAAACGUCGAAUCUCGCCCUCACAGUAAAUUUGUGACGUAUUGUAUUCUUAUGCUGUAAUAAAUCCAAAAAUUCGUUUUCUAGAUUUCCAUGGUGGGUUUGGAAAUUUACUAUACAUUUGGAUUAUUGUUUCAAAUUAUUGAGAAAAUAUAGUUUUCUUUCUUUCUAUUGUCUUUUUAGUGUUGCUGAUUAAAGUUAUGAUAAAAAUACAGAUUUUAAGAAUAACAAACUUUUUUUGUCUUUUUCGUAUUGAAAAUAAUUUACCUCUUUACAGCCCGUCUGGACGUUCCAAUCCCACCCACCCCACCCCUUCAGUAAAAUUUGUAAAACUUAAAAAUAACUUUGUGUAUACCAAAUUAUUUAUAAAAUAUCAUAAAACAAGAAGUUAUUUUAAAACUUAACUACUUGGGCCUGAAAGGGUUAACAACUUACGCUUUUCAUUCCAACACAGUACUAACUGUAGUUGAACAUAUAGUAAUCGUUAUAACCCACAUUUGGUAGUUAAUCCAUUGGUAGAAUAAUAUGUUGUAUAUAAUAUAGUUUGAUAUUUUAAUGGAAAGCUUGCUGCUGUGUAAUAAAAUAUGUUGUAUUUGAAUAGUCGGAUAAACAAAUGUUAUUGUAAAAUAUAGUUGAAUAAAAUAUUAAAUGAUG